AGGUUCCUUGUGGUAGUAGUGGACCAGGAACUUCACUGGAAGGAACAGACCAUAAAGACUGUGGCCAGGGGUGCAGCAUACUCAGUACUGCUUCAAUGCCUAAUGGCCACAUCCUGGGGAAUGCCAGCCAAGAUGACAUGCCAACUCUACCAAGCAGUCACACCACCCAAAACACUAUAUGCAGCCAGUGUCUGGCUGCGCCCAAUGUAUGACUCCUCCACUGACUCACCCAUACCAGGUUUGAAAGGAGUGGCCAGGAAGCUGGCCCAGACACUACAUGCAGUGGCAAUAGCCAUCCCAGGAGCUAUGAGGAGGUCACCUACAGACUUGCUAGAUGUCCACACCCACUUCCUACCAGCAGCACUCGCUAUACAGAAA